GUUUGAGUCUUAAACCAUUGCAACUUGAGAGUACUUUCAUACCGCCUUAUGAAAAUAAAUUACCCAUACCAAAUAUAUAUUUUUCGGAUCAUCCAUACGUUUUUAAUGGUUCUGAUGACUUAUACAACUAUGGAUUAUUGAAAAGCUACCAACAAUAUAUUACAGAAGACGCAACAUUUUCUAGGAUUUUUGCUCCAUCAAGGUCACUUGUAUUCACAUCACAGCAUAAUAGUAGUAUCAGAGAUUUUGUAAACAUCAUGGAUCCUACUUAUGUACGAACUACUUCUAAUGUACGAGAUACUGGUGAGCUUACAAUUGACGACAGAUCUUGA